AUGUUGGACAUUCUGGUUGCCGGAACACUUGCCCUCGAAUUCUUGAGCGUCCAUAGCUAUGCAGCAGUCAACCUUGCACUCCCGCGGGCGAAUUAUGCGAUGAUUGCAGCAAGAGAUAAACUCUUGUUUGUAGGAGGAACACCCAUCUGGUCAACUACCAUGCCCGAUGGCAAAGCACUACAAACUCAAAAGAAUGACAUACAGCGCAAAUUCACGAUCAUUCCAUUCAACAAUAUCUCAGCUGGGUAUGACACCCCCGUCCCCUGGCUCCACAACGCUGGCGGCUUUCCGGACGGAUUGAGUUGUAACCUCAAUCAUGAUUCUGUGCAUUGCUUUGGAGGAUGGUCUUCUGCCUUCUCGGGGCUCACCACAAAUAGUCUCAUAGUCUUUGAUGCUGCGACUUUGGAGCAGCGAGCGAAUACAUCUAUAUCCGCAAUCUCCCCUAGAGCACAGCAUGGAGCCGUGAUCCUAGGAGGAAAACUCUUUGUUUUCGCUGGAACGGAUUCACCAGAGGGCAGAACCGCUUUCGAUGAUCUGUGGACUAUUGAUCUGCAAACAUACACCGCUUCACAAGUUACACUGGCUGACAAUAGUCCUCAUCAGAGCUCCGUUUCGUCGCCAAGUCCAACUCCAGAGUUGAUUCCACCCCCACAAGAAGUUCCACCGCCUCGACAACCCCCUCCAUCAACUGGACCAAGCGGUCCUCCCAUGCGCCAGCCUCCGACGACGACACAGCCAACUGAACAAAGCGGACCUCCGAUGAGACAGCCUCCAUCAAUCACUCAGGCAACCACCCCCCUUCCUCCUGUGCUACCUCCACCAUUUACCAGCAUGAUAAUAUCCCCUAACCCAGGAUCAUCAUCUACCCAGCCUGCUGUGACGUCCACAGUGUCGCCCACGACAGUCACUUCACUAGCACCGACCUCAACCACCACAUUCGCAGUAUCCACACGCAGCGCCGCGCCAGCCGCGCCUGAGACGUCAGUUAGCCGUCCGCCCAUGACCUUCAGCUCAGCGCUACCGAACAUUCUCCCGACCACGGCUGUCAUAGUUCCAACAAGCACAUUUGCGCCACCUCCAGUGUCACCACGACCUGCAACAAGUAAUGACGCUCCGAUUCCGGUCGUUACGAGGUCCAUAGCGCCGCCUCCAGUCUCACCACGACCUGCAACAAGUAAUGACGCUCCGAUUCCGGUCGUUACGAGGUCCAUAGCGCCGCCUCCAGUCUCACCACGACCUGCAACAAGUAAUGACGCUCCGAUUCCGGUCGUUACGAGGUCCAUAGCGCCGCCUGCUCCUACCGCCAGUGAGCCAUCUAGGUCACCAGACACUAAUACGUCACCAGAGUCUAACCCGCCAGCUUCUAAUAAUCCAGCAAGACCCGGCAAUCGACCUGAAUCCAGCAACUCACCAGCUCCCAACAACGGACCUGGUUCCAACAACGCACCAACUCCAAACAACGGACCUGGGUCCAACAGCUCACCACCCGGCAAUCCGGAGCCAAAUGCUCAGCCUCCCAGCGAUUCUGCACCUCCUCCCACGCAAGGCAACAGACAGGUAACCUCACGUUCCAGACGCUCCAACAAGUCCCAAAGAGGUCUUUUGCGACGUGCAACAUCACAGCCAGUGAAGCCUUCUGCUAGGCAAAGUUUCUGCCUUUCGGCUUUGACAUCGAACUCUUUUCUGCUAUUUGGGGGGGUGGCACCCUCUGGUGCUCUACUAGGGGAUACCUGGAUCUUUGAUGCAGAUAGUAGCACUUGGACAAACAUUUCAACAACACACGCCCCUUCCCCACGCAUGGCAUCCGCUUGCACGACAGCUCCCGACAGCAAGAUAUACCUUUUUGGUGGUUACGCUUUAAAGGUCGAUAACAACACGCAAGGCCAGACGUUUGGCCCAAUUGGAGAUUUGUGGAUGUUUUCAGGGAAGGAUUGGUCAUUACUGGCAGUUGAAAAAACAAACUCUACCACGGCUGGGACGAACACACAUCAGCCAUCUGCUCGAUAUUUCUCGGCAGUAAUAUUUCCUGAAUCUAGCAACUUUUUAUUCGUCUAUGGAGGGCUGGGCAAAGAUUCUGUGAUAGCGACGGACGACCAGCUGUACACUUUUGAUACCAGGCAGAUUGGAUUUGCAGAUCCGGGUGGGACCUCGCCGCCAGGGGUUGGAUGGGUGGAUCCUCCUCCGAAUAUUGUAAUUCAAAAAGAGGAUCAACAAAAUGUUGCGUUACUCGUUGGAUGUGUUGUAGGGGGUGCAGCAGCUUUAGCAUUAUGUGUGAUGGGCAUAACAUCUUGCAUCCUGAUUCGAAAGAAGAAGAACCAGAAGAAAAUGCUAAAACGACACGAGCAUACACGAAUGGCCUUGGACCAGGGAAGCCCGUCCAUUGAGAGAAGCCAUUCUUGGAUCUCUUCGGAUCAUUCGACUCCGAAUCCGACUCUUUCCCGAGAGGAAAGACCACAUGUGUUGGAUGUCGACCUUGCACGUACUUACCGUGGAGCGACAGAUGUUUUGCCACCUCCGGCGUACUCGGACGUUAUCGAUCCCGUCAGCACAUCCACUGAGCGUGCUACCCCGCCGAGACAUCUGUCCAUACCGUCUCCUUCAUCUAUCUCAGCAAGUCCAGCUUCUGGAUCCACUUCAUCUUUAACACAAAGUCGGUCCGUUCUUUCCGGCUUUUCCAUUCCGAGCACAGCUUCCAGCGAUAGCUCGCCCGGUGAUCUGAUGAUUUCACAUGAGAAUUACAUACCACGUCUCUCUGACGAAAUGAAGUUAUCCGCUGGUGACUUUAUUUGCGUACGAAAGAUUUAUGAAGAUGGAUGGGCAGAAGGUCAGAAUAUUACGACUGGCGAUGAAGGCUUUUUCCCGCAUCAAUGUCUCGACAAAACAAAAGGAUAUCAUAGCUCAAGCACCUUGCUUGAUAAAGAUGCGGGUGCAUUUGACGAAAAGAUAUAAACGGGGCAAGGUAAAAUUGACUGCCCAGAAGCGGAUUUGAAGCAUGUAGAUCAGGGACCAUGAACGGCUGGGCAAUGUACAGAAGGCCGCCUUUGUUUCCUGAGGUAAAGGAUGGGUCUUUGUUGAUCUGCACAGACCCACUGGUGCCGAGCUUGUAUUAAGCGCUUGUGAAUUUAUUGGUCCAUUAAUUGGCAACAUACAAAUAUAUGGUAUAUCUAUCUACAUGAA